AUGGGUUACGGCACGCAGGUGGCUUCUGGAGUCACAGUCGUCUGUGCCGCUUUUCUUAUUCCGAUGCUCACUUGCACAGUUUCGCUUUUCUACGAAGUCGCUCAAAUGCACAUGAAUGCGAUGGACGGAAUGGACGAAUUCAAGGUAAUCUGAGAUUUGACGGGCUCGCCGCGAAUAUUCUGUUUCAGCUUUACGCGAAUGGCGCGUGGGAAGACAUGCUCCCGGCCGCCCGUAUUCCUCGUGACGCCCCCGCCGAUCAACAGAAGAAAGAGCCGUGCGACUGCGGUUCGGCGCCUUCCAAUUGCCCAGCCGGACCGCCCGGUCCACGUGGAAGACCCGGUAGAAAAGGAUCGGAUGGACCGCAUGGCAAUCAGGGAAGGAAGGGACCAGACGGAAUCGAAGUGUUCCGCGAGAUGAUCGGACCGGUCGAGUGCAUUCCGUGCACUGCCGGAGAGCCAGGACCGCCCGGAGAGGAAGGGCCAGCCGGCGAGCCAGGAGUUGACGGUCUGCCUGGAAGUCAGGGAAAACCGGGAGAGGACGGACCGCCCGGAGAAGACGGAGAACCCGGAUUUCCCGGUUUUCCGGGUUUCCCUGGCGAACCCGGACACCAGGGGAAACCAGGAAACAACGGAACGAAAGGAACGGGCACUCCAGGACCUGCUGGACCACCCGGGCCGCCCGGUGAACCAGGAAUGCCGGGAGUCACUGGAGACGACGGAGAAGAAGGGCAAGAGGGACCGGAGGGACCGGAAGGACCGCCCGGGCAAGCAGGAGAGAAAGCCGAGGAGGGACCGGACGGCAUUCCAGGAGAACAAGGAGUGCCUGGAUUCGAUUCGGGUAAGUAGAGAAGAAAAAGAAGAAGAGAUAGUGAUCGGUAUUUCAGGAUAUUGUCCGUGUCCUCGUCGCUCCUACUCGAAGAACAGUCCGAACGGUGCGCCGAUCCCCACCCAAGACACUUUCAUUCCGUCGCCAUCCGCCAUCCCUCUCCCCCCACCACCUUAUCCCACCAGAUCCCAUCCUCCAACUGUUCCGACACCCGCUCCAACUCUUCUUCCAACUCGUUCCCCGCAAUCUCGCGGAGAUGUUUACCAAGUGAAUCCGAGCAACUCUUCGGAGAGUCCAGAAUCCGGAGACUUUGUGAAUUCGGCGACGAUGGGAGAGGGGUACGCGAAGAAGUUGGCAGUCAAGAAGUUGUAA